CUGACCAGUUCCCUGCAGUGUGCUGAGAACAGAAAUAAAACACGACCACUAUCAGGGCAGCAAAUGAUUAUUUAGCUGGUAGAUAUUACGCUGUUUCACCUCCGGCUGGAGGAUAUGGCGUAACUAAGGAGGGCAGGAAGCUGGAAUUAGCGAUAUUGCUUCUGGAAAGAUCUGUAAACACUAUAAUCUAUCAACUUCACUAGAUAACUUUCUGUAGCGACCUCUGAAAGGAAACAGCAGACAGAAAAAGAAGAAGAAGAUGCAAGAGAGUCAGGCUCUCAGAGAAUGAACAUGCAUCUCACACUACUAGCCUGUCAUCGCAAUGCAUGUUCCAGUUCAGGUACUUGAGUGGUUGGAUUGGAUUAUUUGUUUUACUUGUUUUUGAGGUUUGGGACCUUGCUAUAAAGUGUCAUUGUGGCAAGCUUUGUUGCAAAAGUUUUGCAAAUAACUGGAGCAACUAAAGGUAUUUAAAACUUGAGUCUUUUUGAACCAGCAAACAAAAGUGUCUGAAAUGGAAAAUGACAAGUAUUGUAUGCCUUUGGACAUUCCUGGAACAGGAUCUCAAAGGAAAACUAAAGAGUCUCACAUUCAAAAUGUUACCAAAACCUUAUCUGAUCACCAAGUUGGAAAUUACCUUACAAUUAACCACCAGAAACAGACCUCUUCUCAGCUCAUACAUUUUCUAAAAACAAAAAGCAAUGUGGUACAGUUGAGUUUAUCAGGCUCUGAAAAGGGGUCUUCGGUGUUGACGAAAAGCAAAACUGUAACAAGUAUGGAUCAGGGGUUCACAGCAUUACAAAGUACGCACAAGAAGCCGGCCAUUUAUGAGCUAAAUAAUUCUGUAUCCAUCUUUAAAGUAAAAAGCAACAAUGCAGGGUCUGUGACUUAUAGUUGUAUCACUGCCACAAGAUCUGAGUUGUGGGAUAUUGGGUAUAUUUCCACAGAGGUAAAAAACUCAUUACAAGUUUCUACAGCUGAUGACAGUUUGUCUUCUGCUGAUUAUAAAGACUUCUGUAUCCUGGACUCAUUUACUCAGAGCAAUGACUCAAGAAAUGAAUCAAUGGCUUCGAAACAGAUGAAGCACCAAAGUGAGCUUGAAGUGGCAUUAAACAGGUCAGUGGAUGGAGUAGGAAUACCUAAAUUUCAGAUUAAAAAAUUUGAAGAGAUGCCUGUUGUUGUUACCCAUGUGGUCAGUCCAAGAUAUUUCUAUAUACAGCGUAAGGAUAACAGCCUUCAGGAACUGUCUGGUAUUAUGGCAAAGAAAGACACUAGGUCCUACGCUGAACUUAAUUGCAUCCCAGAUAUUGGUGCUUAUGUAAUGGCAUGGAACGCUGAACAAGAGUUGUGGUGCCGUGCCCAGGUGACAAAGAUAUGUGGAAUGAACAGCGGAAAUAAUCACUUGUGCAGCAGAUAUGAAUUCAUCAAAAACAUUGAAGUGGAAAUCAGGCGAGUUGACUAUGGUGAUUCUAUGUGCCUUUCACUUUGGAAUAUCAAGGAGCUUUGUGGAGAAGUUGCUAAAAUACCAGCUCAAGCUCUGCAAGUCUCUCUAGCAGAUGUGAAGCCAGUAAAUGGCGAGAGCUGGUCGACAGAAGCAGUCAUUUGGUUUAAAGAGAAAGUGAACAAGAGAACACUGUAUGCUAGGCUCUAUCCGGAGGAAAACGGGGUUAUUGUGGAACUCUUUAUGGAAAAGGGGAAAAUUGGUGCUAUGAGGAGAAGUUCUUGCCUGUCUCUGAGGCUGGCUCAGAAUGGUCAUGCUAGAAAAUGCAUGUCUCUGAAAAGGAGCUUAAACACUUAGUGAGAUUAAAGGAGCAUCUGACUUCCUGUUGCACUUAAAACAAAAUCACACGUUUCAAUAUAUGGACAAAUUUCUAAGACAGAUUGACAGCUUAUUGUUCCUUGUCUUUUAUUUAAAAGUAAUAAUAAUAAAAAAAUUAAAUGCUUGUUCUCUUAAUACAUUGGAUUUUUUUGUAUUUGGCCCCAUUAAGUUGAGUUAAAAAAGGCUUUUGUAUGUUGGGACCAUAGAAAUGCUAGAUCUAGUUGACUGCCAGAUAUGUCUUAUUUUUGAUUACAUACAAUGUUUUGACCUAAAAGAAUUUGGUGCCUUUAGACAUUUUAAAUUGUAUGUCUUCCAAUGGUUAUUUAACCAAAAUGUAUAGUUUGAGGCAGUAGUGAUGUGUAUUUAUUUUAGUGUUAUGUCUAACUGUAAUUUGUCUCUCAAAAUUUCCAAUAAAAUUUCCUAAAAUACUAAUAAAAAUGACAUUUUUCCUGCAACUGUGCAGUUAAAAACCUUUUUGUCACAAUUCAGCAAUGAACAGCUUAUUUUCAUUAUAUUAAAAGAGGGAGUAUUAACCUUUGAAUGUUACUGUAUGUGGAUGCCAGCUGCCAUACAUGGGUUUGCAGGGAAAUGCAGGGCAGAAAAAUUAGAGAAGUGAUAAAUAGAGGA